CACGUAGCCUGUCUCAUCACCAUGUUUCCACCAUAGUCUUCGACACUGCCUGUGCUGCGCGGAUCCAUCCUUCAUGCCGAAGACGCUUUUGCCUCUCGCGCCUUCGAGUCGUGGGCCUGAUAGUGCAUCAGACUCGGCUUCAGAGUCUCGCUCCGCUGCUCGCGCUGAUGAGCAGCCAGCCCCAAGGGCUGGACACACCAAGAAGAAUGCGUCCGUUGCGUGUGACCAGUGCAGGCUAGCAAAAAGAAAGGUGCUGAUCUCAAAUCUCUAUGCUCCCUCUCACCACCCACUGUUCCCCCCAGCGCAGUGGACCGGCGUUCCAUAUGCUUCUGUUGAGUAGUUUAAAUGCUGGCCUGCUACAAUGAGAGCGACUCACUCCAGUUUUUUGCACAGACCACUGACCAAGCCCUCUAAUUUAGUGUGACCAACUCAGCCCUUGCUCCAACUGCCGCAACAACCAGAGAGAGUGCACUUACAAUCCUUCCAGCGAUGGCCGGCGAAAGGAUGCUCGCAAACGGCGAUUAGAGGACCUCGAGUACCAGAGCAAUGCCCUGGGGAGGUUGCUGUCCAAGAUCCGUACUUCCACAAAGACCGAGGCUCACGAGCUCGUCGACCUGAUCAGAGAGGAUGCAUCCCUUGAAGACAUCUUGGCAUUCAUAAAUGCUCAUCCAGGUGAACUGGCUGAUGAGGUCAGAAGAUCCCUAUCAGCAAGUCCUGCACCACCCCCGGCCGGCACGAGCUUCCGGAAGGUACUCGCCAUCAAUGACCUGAUUGACAACCCAACUGUUCAAGUGCCUGCUGCCCCGUGGACCACUGUCACUUCUGACGACGGCUUUGUCUCAAACUUGAUGUCAGCAUAUUUGAAUUGGUACCACUAUUAUUAUCAUAACUUUGACUGGCACCUGUUCAUCAACGCAUGCCAGGCUAAGGAUGUCGACUCCCUCUACUGUUCCCCCUUUCUGGUCAAUGCAGUACUUGCGAUGGGUUGUUUCUUUACAGACCAUCCUGCCGCUCUCGCCGUACCCGGUGAUCAGGCCACACGAGGUUUACACUUCUACGAGGAAGCCGAUCGUCUCUACAAAGCUGAACAGGACCGUGUGAGUCUUACCAAUGUUCAAGGCUCUAGUAUUAUGAUGCUAGUCGUAAGCCUCGCAGGCAAGGACAAAGCCAUAGACCCGGCACUGCGGGGACUCCAAGACCUUGUUCGCCAGGUACACGAGUUACAUGGCAUGCGCGAUCCUAUCUCAUCAGCUGAGCUCGACCUUCAAAGAUCAUUGCGCAUCACUGAGUGGGGCGCCUAUGUUUAUCAUUGCGGUUUCAGCAUGGGAUUUGGCCUGGGCUAUACCUGGGGCAAACCUUCAGUCGAACGACCGUAUGCAGACGAAAAAUAUUCGUCCCUUGUGACUGAAUGGUCAUCAUACCCGCUAAAUCGAGAACCGAUCCCGUUGAGACAACAUGCCCUCUAUGAGAGCCUCCUCGAUGUUUAUGGUUUCAUGGAAGAGACUAUUCGCCUGCUUCAGAUCACGUUUCCGACGCUGACACCGGUCGAAAAGAUUGAUGCUGUUCAAGCCGUUGAUGAUCGUAUCGUUGACUGGUAUGCCUUGCUCCCUGCAGAGCACAGAUUCGACCAGGACUCCUUUAUUGUGACACCUGCAACGGUCGAUUUGCACACCACUCUCUAUUUUAUUCGGCUAUCUCUAUGGAGUCAAGCGAUGCCCGUGCCCACGGAAUCAACAUCGUCAGCUGCUGAAGCUGACCCUCUCGAGACUCAACAGGAAAACGAGCCUACUCAACAAUCAGCAGCCACACUGUUGCCUGAACAGGAUAAAAGAGGCCAGAUUGUGGCAAAGUGCUUGUCGAUCGUUAAAUUGUACGCGGAUGUCAUGGCUCGCUUCGAAGAGCGAUUUGGGACAAAGUUCUUCACCCUGCUUACUCCUCAGCCUGGGAUUUUCUCCGCCAGCUUUUUGCUCACUGGUCAUCUGUAUACAUCACAUGAGGAGGAACUGUUGCUUCGAAUCAUGAGGGUGCUUGUGCAUGUCGCGACUCGAAACACCCUCGUCAAGGGGGUCACACAGAUGCUACUUAAACUGGCCGAGGAAAAGGUCAAAGCGCAGACAGCCCAGUCAAGUGCUCUAACCGACAAAGAGGCGCAGGACAAUGCUGUAGGACAAGUUUCACCCAAGAUGUUCGAGAGCAUGGAAAUGAUUGUCAAAGAACUCCAAUGGGCUCCAUCUGACCAUCUUCACUUUAGCUCGAGAUAUCCGAACUACAUAGCCGACAAGCGCGACGACGCCGGCCAGCUCAGUGAUCUCCUGGAAAAGUGGGCCAGCCUCGCCAUCGAUGAGAUGGAAGCUGAGGAUCCGUCCGGCAAAGAUUUGAUGGAACCAGAAGAGCUUUCGACCCAUGAGCAGCAUGAAAUCGACGAGGCGCCACCGUUGCCUAGUAUAGAGAAAGAUGAUGAUUGAAAUGAUGAGAAUGGCUCUGUAUAUGCAAGAAAGUAUUACGAUUUAAGAGGAACACGAGAUCGGGUGUGGUGCUUGGAGAGUGCUCAUGAACGUGAGGUGUAUCUUUGCUCCUGUCUGAACAGAUAGAGGUCCUAGACUUGCAGAGAUCUGAUGGUCGUGAAAGUGAUUAUUACUCUGGACCACCUCUUUAACGAUCCGAUCUAUUGGACCCUUCUAAUUUCACGACCUGGCAUGAAAUGUAUACGUACUCCGUACACACUUGAAUUUGCUUUAUAGGGUCUGGGCGGACAACUGACGGCGGACAGACUGUAUGCACGGUGCCAUGACCCAACUC